AUGUCUCAAGUAUACUUGCAUUCAGCUAAUCAGACUUUGUGUGCAUCUACAAAUGGCACAGAAGUUAAAUCAAUCCUUGAUAAUGAAACCACAAAUGAAAAAUGGACCGAAGACUCCUCUCCAGGAUUAGAAAUAUUGUGCACAAUUUAUGUUACAUACGCUGUGAUCAUUUCAGUGGGUCUCCUUGGAAAUGCUAUCCUCAUCAAAGUCUUUUUCAAGAUUAAAUCCAUGCAGACGGUUCCAAACAUCUUCAUCACCAGCCUGGCCUUUGGAGACCUGCUGCUGUUAUUGACUUGUGUGCCUGUAGAUGCAACACGGUACCUUGUGGAUACCUGGCUCUUCGGAAGGAUGGGGUGCAAGCUGCUGUCUUUCAUCCAGCUAACCUCAGUUGGAGUGUCAGUGUUCACCCUGACUGUUCUCAGUGCUGACAGGUACAGAGCCAUUGUGAAGCCCUUGGAGCUGCAGACGUCGGAUGCGCUCCUGAAGACCUGCUGCAAAGCUGGCUGUGUGUGGAUCAUCUCCAUGAUCCUUGCUAUCCCUGAGGCUGUUUUUUCGGAUUUGUAUUCUUUCAGCAAUCCUGAGAAAAAUGUAACUUUUGAGGCGUGUGCCCCCUAUCCUGUAUCUGAGAAGAUCCUGCAGGAAGCUCACUCCCUGGUUUGCUUCUUGGUGUUCUACGUUGUACCCCUGGCUGUCAUUUCUGUCUACUAUUUUCUGAUCGCCAGAACUCUGUACAGAAGCACAGCCAACAUGCCAGCAGAGGAACACGGCCAUGCCCGUAAGCAGAUUGAGUCCCGAAAGAGGGUUGCAAAAACAGUGCUGGUGCUUGUUGCUUUGUUUGCCUUCUGCUGGUUGCCCAACCACAUUCUCUACCUGUACCGCUCUUUCACAUACCACGCUUCUGUAGAUGCCUCCACCUUUCAUCUGGUAGCCACGAUCUUCUCCCGGGCCUUGGCCUUCAGCAACUCCUGUGUCAAUCCUUUUGCUCUUUACUGGCUGAGUAAAAGUUUCCGGCAGCAUUUUAAGAAGCAGGUCUGGUGCUGCAAGGCAAAAUUCUGUGCAAAGCCUCCCAGCGGGACCCAGAGUAACACCCCCAGCAGAGCCCUGUCAGUCACGGGCAGCACGCAUGGUUCGGAGAUCAGUGUCACCCUGCUGACAGACUACAGCAUCACAAAAGAAGAGGAAAGUGUUUAG